CAAAACCGGAAGUGCCCAGUGUAGAUAGCAGUGUUGUGGAGAUAAUUCUCAAUCUUUUUUAACGUUUCAUUGUUCAGGUUGGGUUUCUAGCACAGGGAACAAUGUCUGAACGAAAAGUAUUAAAUAAAUACUACCCCCCCGAUUUUGAUCCAUGCAAAAUCCCAAAGCUUAAACUCCCCAAAGAUCGUCAGUAUGUGGUCAGAUUGAUGGCUCCAUUCAAUAUGAGGUGUAAAACAUGCGGCGAGUACAUCUACAAGGGGAAGAAGUUCAAUGCACGUAAAGAGACCGUUAUGAACGAGCUGUACAUGGGACUGCCCAUUUUCCGUUUCUACAUCAAAUGCACUCGAUGUCUUGCUGAGAUCACAUUUAAGACUGACCCUGAGAACACAGACUAUGCAAUGGAGCACGGUGCAACGCGGAACUUCCAGGCAGAGAAACUGCUUGAGGAGGAGGAGAAAAGAAUCGUACAGGACAGGGAAGAGGAGGAACUGAACAACCCCAUGAAGGUGUUGGAGAACCGCACAAAGGAUUCAAAGAUGGAGAUGGAGGUCCUGGAGAACCUGCAGGAGCUGAAGGAGCUGAACCAGAGGCAGGCACAGGUGGACUUUGAGGGCAUGAUCGACCGCUACAGUGAGUUCGAGAAGAGGGAGAAAGAACGAGAGAAAGAAGAGGAUGAGCGAGAGACAAAAGAGAUGUUGGAUCGUGCCCUCGUGAAGAGACUCAGAGACUCUGACUCUGAUUCAGAGAAGGAGGAGGAGGACAGCAGCGGCUCGCAGGCAAAGAAACCCAGCACAGACAAACCCACAGACAUCCUCACCACACUCAAACCCACAGAGGCAUUGGGAUCCUCAGCUGGAGGAGCGAAGAAGGCCAAGGUGGAGACUUGGGAGAGGAGCGUGGGGACACUGGGAGGUAAAGGAGCACUUGGGUUGCUGGUUGUGCGAAAGAAACCAGCAGCGACUUUCCUCAAACCCCAUCCAGUGGCAGCAGCUUCAGCCCCCACUUCACAAACAGAUUCAAAGGCAUCUACGACUGACUCUAAGAAUGCCUCCAAGCCUGUUACCACACAAAAUGGGUCAUCGUCUCUCAGCCUGCUGGGGGCGUAUUCAGACAGUGACAGCAAUGACAGCGAAUGAAAAGUUGCUCGGGUGGUUUUUGAUUUGAUUGAUUGACGCACAAUUGUAUAAAUGAUGCAUCAAGGAUAUUAUGAUGUGGACCUUUUUGUAAUCUGCACAGAAAGCAGCGUCACAUGUUAACCAGUCCGUGGGUCUGUCCUAUAUAAACCUUUCUAUAAAGAAGUUAAUGAUGAAGUCAAUGUGUUGGCAGGCAUUCAUUAGCGGGAAUUAUAUUGUCUGUGGACCAAACCCAGUGAACAAAACAAUUAUUUCUUAGCCAAUCCACUGUUUUAUGGACAUGUUGAAUCCAUGCAAGUGGUAUUCGCCCUGUGAGAAUAUCAGAUUUCAAUUGUAAUGUUUAUUAAAAUGUGUUGUAUUCAACCCGGUGUCCUUGACAUGCUUUGACGUCCUUUAAUGUCUCUCAUAAAACUUAAAUGUGGAAUCUGAAUAUGUAGUUUUUAUAUUGUUGUGCCAAAAAAUGUCUGUUGGCACACACAUACAUUGAUUUAUGUACGUCAGAGACAGGAAUAUAAGAAGAAUCAACUUGCAAUGAUUCCAAAAAAUUAAUAAAAGCAUUUGCACCGUU